CGAACGUAUGAAUUUGAGUCCAAACCGACUUCCAUCUCUCACGCAACCUCUUUCCCUAAACUCCCACGAAGGGGCGCCGUGACGCCGAAGUAGUCAUGCGUCUCCUCAGACUGCAGCUCCCUAUAUGGGCAGCUGUGUCCGGGCUAUUAAGACCGACUGUGUCCCUGACCCCCCUGACCAUCGCGGCAGACUGCGGCCCCCGGGCACGCGGCAUCGAGGUCAACAACGCCCUCGUGUCCGGCCGACGAUACGCCUCGGUCAAAUCGCAAGGACAGUACAAACUGAAGCCCAAGAGGACAAUUCCGAAGAAGCUGGGAGCCAAGCGUACUGGAGACCAGUAUGUCAUCCCCGGCAACAUCCUCUACAAGCAACGCGGCACGCUGUGGUGGCCCGGCGAGAACUGCAUCAUGGGCCGCGACCACACCAUCCACGCCAUGGCGGCCGGCUACGUCAAAUACUACCGCGACCCCGCCCGGCACCCGAAGCGGAAAUACAUCGGCGUCGUCUUCAACAAGGACGACGUGCUCCCCUACGCGCCGCACAUCGAACGCAAGCGCCGCCUCGGCAUGACGGCGCACCCGAUCGUCGAGCGGCCGCCCCAGCCCGAGGUCUCGGCGUCGGGAAUCCCCACGACGGUGGUGCGUGCCGGCAUCGCAGCACCGGGAAGCUCGCGUAAGGGCCCCGCGCGCGUGCUGCGGCUGCGAGACGACUACUCGUACCGCGAGGACAACUGGCGGGUCGGCCGGCUGGUGAAGCUGGCGGGCGUGACCAAGACGAAGGGCGGGCGGGGCCCGCGGAGCAGUCGCAGGGCGCGGUUCCGAUCGAGGCGGUGGAGGGCGGAGCAGGAGCUCGAGGCCAGGCGGCGCAGCUCGGCGGCGAUGGAGGAGACGGAAGAGCUGGACGAGUGGACCAAGGCGGCGCAGCGGCGCGCCGAGGAGGAGCGGCAGAAGAAGAUCCAGGCGCAGAAGGAUAAGAAGAAGAAGCAGGCUGAGCAGCAGGCCAAGGCGCGGCAGGCGGCCAUUCGCAGGUCGGCGGCGAAGAAGGAGAAGGCUAGUGCGCAGGGGCGCUGAUGUCGUGAUAGAAACCCCACGCUUUUUCCUCCCCCGGCUCUUUUUGUAUCAGUAGGUUCGGUUCGGUUCCACAUCCCCGGCGAAGAGGGCAGGACAAGGAGAUAGAUGUACGGAUAGCUCAAUUGUUUCGCUUGUUUGUUCUAUGUGAAGAUAUCUUUGUGCUUCGGAUGGGGAUGUGGCGAGUCCUUUGAAUACGACCAUGUUUCUCUGUCUUGCUUUGUCCGCUGGCUCUCUGGAUACGAAAUCAUUCUCCUUUUGCCGAAUCUCCC